AUGUCUGUUAUCCUAUACGUGGCAGUGAUCGCGGUUGGCGCAUGGCUGCUCUACUUUAAACGGGCAUCAUCACCGCCGAAGCUGGAUCUGCCGUAUUUGGAGUUUGAGGGAGAUAAUUCGGCGUCUAGAUAUAAGACUGAGAGCGAGAGUAUAUUACGCAGAGGAUACGGAAAAAGAGGUACAUAUUACGGUAUUGAUCUUGGAACAUUUUACUUGAUUGAACCGCUGCAACGGGCAUGCGCUGCUGCUUAUGCCAAAGAAAUGCCUCCGUGCUCAGAAUGGACCUCGGUGCUACCAUAUCCGUUGCUUAUAAAGAUAUUUGCGAGUAUGUCGGCUUGUGCUAUUGUUGGGCCUAAACUGGAUGGCCUCGACUCGGAAUGGCAAAGGCUUUCGAUGGAUUACGUCUCGGCUGCUUUGAGCGCGCCGUCUAAAGUGAGGGCAAAGUACCCUCGUUGGCUGUAUUGGCUGUCACAGUAUAUCAAUGACGGCGUCAAGACGAUGUGGAAGCACCGCUCUCGUGCGCGUGAACUUCUAACACCGGUCCUACAGAGUCGUAUUGAUGCCACAGCGGAGUUGAAAGCUAAAGGAGUUAAGAAGCACAAAGGAGCACGCAAAUAUGAGGAUGGUGUGCAAUGGCUUCUGGACGCACAUACUGCACAGGGAAAAGUCUUAACGCCAGAUCAAUUGGCCCAAGACCUUUUGGUUAUUAUGACGGCAUCUAUUCACAGUACUUCUGGCGCGUGUCUUGCAAAUAUAUUUGAUAUGUUGGAGCAUCCAGAGGCUUUAUCUGAUGUUACCCAGGAGAUACUACUAGUUCAAAGUAAGUUACCAGGCGGUGUAUGGACUCGGAAGGCUUUGGGAGACCUCAGACUACUGGAUAGUUUUAUGCGGGAAAGCGCGCGGGUGCAUGCUCUGACUCAAUAUACCUCCGCUCAACGAAUCCCUACCAGCACCUGGAAGUUCAAAGAUGGCUUGGAAAUACCCAGUGGUUUUACCAUGGCAUUUCCCAGCUACCAUCACGGCUUCGACCCCGCCAUACAUCCUCACCCAGAUACAUUCGAUGCGUACCGGCACUUGCGCAAGCGUCAAGAAUCCGACACGCAUAAAUUCCAUUUCGCAUCAGUAUCAGAGGAUAUGUUGAAUUGGGGAACGGGACGCCACGCAUGUCCUGGUCGCUUCUUCGCUCAGGAGACGUUGAAGCUUUUGAUUAUCCAUUUGCUUACGCACUAUGAGUUCAGGUAUGCGGAAGGGACAGAGGAGAUGCCUAGGUUCUUGCCAAGUAAUUUGUUUAUUGUGCCUAAUCCGGCAUUGCCUCUUUUGUUCAAGGAGUGUAAAGUGUCUCUGUAG